AAAUUCAAAAACAAACGAGAUCUUGCCUCAGAAAUCUCUCCCAUUGCACCUCUCUCUCUCUCUCUCUCUCUCUCUACCAACACUCUCUUUGUGACUCAGCCAUGGCCGCGCUGCAAUACCUAGAGUCUCUGCGCAGCACACAUCCAGAGCUGGGUGAUUGGUACAAUUCGCUUGCAGAUCUGUACCAGAAGAAGCUCUGGCACCAACUCACUCUCAAGCUCGAGGAGUUCGUAGCCCUUGCUGUCUUCCAGGCUGGAGAUGCUCUGAUACAAUUGUAUCAUAAUUUCAUCACCGACUUUGAGACCAAAAUCAAUCUUCUCAAGCUUGCACAUUUUGCAGUUAUUGUUUCUCGACAGUAUCCUGAAAAAGAAGCGGCCAUUGGGUAUCUUGAAGGGGUGAUAGAGAAGCUUAGAGCCACUCGGGAGCAGCGUAUAGAGGAGCCAGUUCUUUACAUUAAGAUGCAAAUUGCCAUAUUCAAACUUGAGCAAGAUCAAAAGGAGUGCAAAAUCCUUCUAGAAGAUGGAAAGACUACAAUUGAUAGCAUGACUGACAUUGAUCCGUCUGUGUAUGCCAUUUAUUAUUGGGUUUCUUCUCAAUACCAUAAAUUUCGUCAAGAAUUUGCUGAGUUCUACAAAAGUGCUCUUCUUUACUUAGCGUAUACCUCAGUGGAAUCUCUGUCAGAAUCAUUUAAGCUGGACUUGGCAUUUGAUUUAUCACUUUCUGCACUGCUUGGGGAUAAUAUCUACAACUUUGGCGAGCUGCUGGCACAUCCUAUUAUUAAGAGUCUUCUUGGGACAAAGGUUGAGUGGCUCUACUAUAUUCUUCAAGCAUUCAACGCUGGUGACUUAGUUCGCUAUCAGGAACUAUGUCGUGUGCACAAUGCUGCUUUGAGGGCUCAACCAGCCUUGGUUGAGAAUGAGAAGAAGCUUCUGGAAAAGAUUAACAUUCUUUGUUUGAUGGAAAUCAUCUUCAGCCGGUCAUCUGACGACAGGACUAUACCUUUGAGUAUAAUUGCUGACCGCACUAAACUUUCAAUUGAGAAUGUGGAGCAUCUUCUCAUGAAGAGUCUUUCUAUACAAGUUGUCUUACUAAGACAGAAGCAAGACCAAUAUGUUAGGAUUAAUGUCCUAAAAGCAUGUAAAGACAUUUUAUUGGUUUUAAAUAAAAGUACAAUUUUAUUAUAUUUGAAUAUUAUAAUUAUUAUUUGAAUUAAUGAAUGCUUACUAGUACAGUUUGCUAAGCAUAAGAGAUGAAAGUAAUCUAGAUUCAGAUUGCUGAUGUUGAUAGACAUCUUAGUAAAUGUGCUAUAUAUAAUAUAAAUAAAUAUUUAAUUCUUGUCAUAAUAGAUGAUCAUUUGUAGAUCAGUCUAAAUCCUGAGUAUUCAUGAACUCCUGUUUAUGUUUAUUGGAUCUUUUGAUUCACUUGUUAAGGUCUCUUAGAAUAAUGAGGCUAAUGACUUUUGUUUUGGAGAUUCAAUAUCAUGGAUGGCUGGGAACAUGAAUUACAA